AUGUUACAGCAUCGUACUGAAGAAAUCAAUGUGGAUCUUGAUUCUGACAAUGCUAUUAUGGUCGAUAUCUCUGAUGCACUUUCCGAGAGAGAUAAGGUGAAGUACACAGUACAUACGAAGACUCGUCUACAAGGCAUGCGUGCCGAGACAUCAGUUGUACGGGAGCAUGAGGAAUUCCUAUGGCUUCAUAGUGUGUUGGAUGAAAACGAAAGCUAUGCAGGUUUCAUU